ACUCAAGAUGGCGCCUAGAAGGCUUCAGACCUGGUACGGUGCUGAUUGGAUAAGAGAUAGAGGACUUCCGGGAGUCUCCCAGCCGACUGUGCUACAGCUGAGAGGAGUUUUGCACGUGGAUUGUCUUUCGGGUGGGUUAGAUGGAGACAGCCCCCAAGCUGGGUAGAGAUGUCCCGCCCAAGAAGGACAAACUUCAGGCCAAGAGGAAGAAACCGAGGCGAUACUGGGAGGAAGAGACUGCUCAGUCCGCAGCCGGAGCCUCUCCAGGGCCUCCUAGUAACAAGAAGAGGAAUCAGGAGCUCCGCCCCCAGAGGCCAAAGAACACUCACAUCCUAAAGAAGUCUCGGAUCUCCAAGAAACUCCAGGUCCCGAAGAAACCCCGAGAACGGAAGAAUCCAGAGUCCCAGCGGAGUUUGUCCGGGGCCCAGGACCCAUUCCCAGGCCCCGCUCCCGUACCUGUGGAUGUGGUCCAGAAGUUCUGUCGCAUUGACAAAUCCAAAAAGCUACCACGUUGUAGGUCCAAAACCCGAAACAGACUUAAGGUGGCUGAAACUGAGGAAGAAGAAACAAGUGUCACAGCUGCUCGUUCUGAGCUGCUGCUUGCUGAGGAACCUGGGUUUCUGGAAGGGGAGGAUGGAGAAGACACAGCAAAGAUACUACAGGCUGACAUUGUGGAGGCCGUGGACAUUGCAAGUGCAGCCAAGCACUUUGACUUGAAUCUGCGGCAGUUUGGACCCUACAGAGUGAACUACUCACGAACUGGGAGACACCUAGCUUUUGGAGGCCGUCGGGGUCAUGUGGCUGCCCUUGACUGGGUGACAAAGAAGCUCAUGUGUGAGAUCAAUGUCAUGGAGGCAGUGCGGGACAUCCGGUUUCUCCAUUCUGAGGCACUGCUUGCUGUCGCUCAGAACCGCUGGCUUUACAUCUAUGACAACCAGGGCAUUGAGCUGCACUGUAUCCGCCGUUGUGAUCGAGUCACACGGCUCGAGUUCCUGCCCUUCCACUUCCUUCUGGCUACAGCUUCAGAGACAGGGUUUCUGACCUACCUGGACGUGUCUGUGGGGAAGAUUGUGGCAGCUCUGAAUGCUCGGGCUGGUCGGCUUGAUGUCAUGACUCAGAACCCUUACAAUGCCGUCAUCCAUCUUGGACACAGCAAUGGUACUGUGUCUUUAUGGAGUCCAGCAGUGAAGGAGCCACUGGUAAAGAUUCUCUGUCACCGUGGUGGGGUCCGGGCUGUGGCAGUGGAUUCUACAGGCACGUACAUGGCCACCUCCGGUCUGGAUCACCAGCUGAAGAUUUUUGACUUGCGAGGGACAUACCAGCCUCUGAGAGCUCGGACCCUGCCCCAGGGAGCGGGGCAUCUGGCUUUCUCCCAGCGGGGACUGCUGGCUGCAGGAAUGGGUGACGUCGUUAACAUCUGGGCAGGGCACGGCAAGGCCAGCCUACCCUCCCUUGAGCAGCCCUACCUCACCCACCGCCUCUCAGGCCCUGUGCAUGGCCUUCAGUUCUGCCCCUUUGAGGAUGUGCUGGGAUUGGGUCACAGCGGGGGCAUCACCAGCAUGCUGGUCCCUGGGUCUGCCGAACCCAACUUUGAUGGCCUAGAGAGUAACCCAUACAGGAGCCGGAAGCAGCGGCAGGAAUGGGAGGUGAAGGCUCUGCUGGAAAAGGUACCUGCAGAGCUUAUUUGUCUGGACCCACGAGCCCUGGCGGAGGUGGAUGUCAUUUCUUUGGAGCAGAAAAAGAAGGAGCGGAUCGAGAGACUGGGCUAUGACCCCGAGGCUAAGACUCCCUUCCAGCCAAAGCCAAAGCAAAAGGGCCGCAGCUCCACAGCAAGCCUGGUGAAGAGGAAGAGGAAGGUCAUGGACAAAGAGCACAGGGACAAGGUCCGGCAGAGCCUUGAGCAACAGCAACAGCAGCAGGAGCAGCAGCAGCAGCAGCAGCAUAAGCAAGAGAAGGCCAAGCCCAUGAGGGCCCGACCAUCUGCCCUGGACAGAUUUGUGCGCUGAGCCAGGCUCCAGGGUGACCUCAAACAAUCUCUCCCCAAGAUCGCCAGUAGGGAAAUGACUUCCCUGGAACUGGGAGGGGGCAGUGCGCUCCCUUCCCUAACUCAGAGUGGACAGGGUGGGUUGGUAUUAAAGAGGAAAGAGAUCUUUUUGGAUAA